UCCAACCUAGGGCAUAUAAACAUAGGACAAACAGAUCCUUCAGCUAUAGCAAUUUUACCAUGUAGACAAACAAAAGCAUAUAUUUGGCCUGCCAUGAAAAUGACUACAAGAUUAUAUAAUUGCAGGACUUGAACCUAUAUAAACUCUGAUAUAUCCCAUUCUUUUUGCAUCAAACAAGAAGCUCUCCCCCCUACAAAAAAUCCUACUCAUUUAUUUUCUUCUCAGAAUCAAAACAUGGCUGUCACCACCUUCACUGAGGAACACACUUCCCCACUCCCCCCCAAAAGAAUAUUCAAGGCCUCCAUUGUUGAUUCUCAUAACUUGAUCCCUAAGUUGAUGCCACAAGCUAUUAGCAGUGUUGAAGUUCAAGGCGAUGGAGGUGCUGGAAGUAUCAAGACCAUCAAUUUUCCUGAAGGGGGCAAGUUUAAAUCCAUAAAGUAUCGUGUUGAUGAGCUUAACGAGGAGACAUACACGUAUAAAUACACAUUGGUUGGAGGUGAUGGAUUGGUAGACAACCUUGAGAAAAUAAGUUAUGAUGUGAAGUUUGAGGAGUCAGGUGAUGGUGGUUCCAUAUCUAAGGUGACUAGCACAUACUAUACUGUGGGAGAUUUCAAGCUCAAUGAAGAGGAGAUCAAGGCAGGAAAGGAGAAGGUCUCGGCUAUGUUCAAAGUUGUAGAAGCUUAUCUCCUUCAAAAUCCUGAAGCCUAUGCUUAAGAUUGGUGUGUUAUGGGAUGGUUUUUUCUCAAUGGAUUCUAAGUUUGUUCUUCAUGUUUGUGGCAGCAAUAAGUAAUUUCUGAUCUUCAAUAAUGUUGUUGGCAGUUUUUAUGGUUAAAGUACUGAUAA